CUGAACAAUAUGAGCAGCGGCAAGGCAGACUCCGAGAGCUUGCUUAAGACGCUCUCGCAGGUGAAGAGGAAUAUUCCUAGACCACCCACUAGACGGAGUGAUCGAGCCCCGGUGCGCAAUCCGCGUUACGACGAUGGUACCGAUGGAGGACGAGGACGAGGAGGACGAGGAGGACGAGGUGGAGGACGAGGAGGACGAGGAGGACGAGGUGGAGGACGAGGUGGCGCCGGGGUACACAUGGACUUUGACGAGCCACCCUCCGCUUCUGGCGACGUGGCUCCUGAGUUGUUCCUAGAGGGUCCGUCUAGUGGGGAGGUGGAGAUGGAGGCAGAGUCUACACACGAGUCGGACUCUAGGGCUGAGUUGGAGGUGAUGGAGGAUGGGGGUGCGCCGAAGCCCUUGAAGCUUCGUGGAGAAGCUAGAGUCCCCGAUGCGAGGAAGGAGCCGAAGACCCAUGAUGACAAGGCCCUUAUCAUUCCUUCGAGCGAUGACAACUGGACAUGGGAUGCCAAGCCCCCCCGCAUGCCUAACAGCUUGCUUGGGGCUCUGAUUAAGAAGUUCUGGCCCGGCAGAUACACUCCCCUUAGCACGGUCCCCGGUGGCGCGACGAAGCUAGCCACUACUUGGGCGGACUAUGAGGAUGCCCCUGCCGUAGGCUUCGCGACAGCUGCUGAGGCUGUGACCACCAAGUUCUGGGUAAGGCAUAUAUUUCUCGAGCACCGUUCAUAGUU